AUGCUGGACACGAAAUUGACGACAGCAGGCCUUGUAUCCUCCUGUCUCUUAAGCCUCGUCGAGCAAUCUCAAUGCACGGGCGAUGUUACCCGGACGCUGUCACAUCUGGGAAGGUCACUGUAUUGGUUCGCACGAAUCAGUGUUGCUGCUCGGGCCGUCUGUUUUGGCGAAGACCUACCGAUGCCACCGCCUGCACUAACCUGUGCGAGAUCAGACGUGCCUUCUGGGAACACUUCACCCUCCAGUGUAGAAGAGAAUAUGGCACUGCUGGCGAUGCACCUGGAAACAUGGGCUCGCUUACAAAGCCGGUCAAUACGCUGGGUCAAGGACAGUGAAGAGCUGUAUCUGAAGGAGAGCUGCAGUGCGCUGGAUAUCGACAGUCGCCCCCCAUGGCGGAAAGCAUACGGAAAUCUGCCGUUGGAGCAUAUUAUCAGCGGUAUCGAAAUUGUCUGUUGUGCUUCCAAAUUGCAACGUGCCAUUAUCGCUACAGUUCUUUCGUGCACUGAUCCACAGGUAUCUUCCAUUGAGCCAUGGAUACCGGCCCUGGUUCCAUAUUACCAAUGGUCACUUGCUGGGUUAUCUAGACAAUUUGACCAUCCGGCCUGGACCUAUCUUGGCUGUAGUCUUCCUGUUAUGCCUGACGAUCUUAUAUAUCACCAGGCAAAGCAGGCUUUUUCCCAUGCGGAAAGAAGUAUAAUGAACAGCGCGGAUUUUGAAGGUCUUCUUUAUGUCCCUAUCAUGAAUAUUGUGGGCCUUGAGAUGAGAACAACACAAGAAAGAGCUCGGGCGCUUGGCUUUGUGGCAACUCUGAAGGCCAGGGGAUUUGCUGUGGCAGGUAAGUUGGAGCAGGAUCUGAAGAAAGCGUGGGUAGGGCAGGCAAAGUAUACUAUUGAUGGGUGGUGA